GAAAUGGCAGAACUUCAAUUAAUCAAUUACAUUCCAGAAAGAGCUGUGUUGUCAUCUAUCAGAUAUACAUCAAUGCCUCAUUGGGGCUUUUGAAGGAGUUCGUUGAAGGCAUUCACUUUCCAAAGGCUCGCUUUAUUAUGAUCCGCGCUAGCGCUUGCUAGCAUGCAGCGGAAAAAUGCCCUAUAAGCGAGUCCUAGCGCGCGAGAAGAUGGAGAUAAUCAACGACUUCGAGAGUGGUCGCUUCACAAAAACAGCGCUUGCGACGAAGCACGCCGUCCCCAAGAGCAGCCUCACGAGGAUACUUCAUGACAAGGAUAAGCUGCGGCAGGCUUUCGAGACGUCACGCUUUCGCCAUCAAAGAAAACGACUGCGGGUGGCCAACCACGAAGAUCUGGAGAAGUGCCUGGUGGUUUGGCUGCGGAGAGCCCGCACUGAAAACAUUCCGAUCAGUGGUCCACUCAUUCGCGCGAAAGCAGAAGAAUUUGUUUUGCAGCUCGGCAUCGAAGGUUUCUCGUGCAGCGAAGGAUGGUUGACGAUAUUCAAAGAUCGGAAUGGCAUAGUGUGUCGUGCCGUUUCAGGGGAGGCUGCCGCUGCAGACACGACGGCAUGCGCCGACUGGCGAGCAACACGGCUUCCCGAAAUUCUGGAGGAGUACGACGCAAAGAACAUCGACAAUGUAGAUGAGACAGCACUGUUCUCCAAAUUACUACCCUCAAAAUCCUUGUCAUUCAAAGGAGAGAAAUGCACCGGGGGGAAGCUGAGUAAGGACAGGUUGACCGUUCUGAUCGGGGCCAACAUGACGGGAAGCGAGAAAUUGAAGCCGCUAGUGAUCGAGAAAUCGAAGCACCCUCGCUGCUUCAAAAAUGUAGCAACCUCACCCGUUUCUUGUCAGGCCAACGGCAAGGCGUGGAUGACGCAGUCCAUUUUCAGGAAAUGGAUUUAUCGCGAGGAUGCGCGGUUCUCGCGAGAGAAAGAAAAGUUUUAUUCCUCGUCGAUAACUGCCCUGCAUAUGGAACUGUGCCGGGUCUGA